UCCUUCGAAUCAUAGACUGGCACAUUCCUCCGGCUGUUGAAGCGAAUUAUCAGCUCAAGCCGUCUGCCGUCCACCGUUUUCGUUUCUUUCCUCUCUUUCAGUUGUAUUAUACCGUCGAGUUUAGAUCUUCCUUUACCUUCGGCGUGGCAUCUGUCAAAUUUCGCAUCAUUCGCCUUUCUUCACAUUGCACACGACAGUCGCUUGAACUAUUCUAUAUCACCUCUGGGCGUCCAUUCACAGACAAAUACCGCGGAUAUUGAUUUUAUUAUUAGCGCUGUCCUACAAACAACUUUCGUUAUGGCUACAUCAAUGCACCUCUCGAAACUCCGGAAUUGGUUCCUUGCAUCACCCCCCAUAGAAUAUGCGAUAUCCAAGCUGCGAGACCUGCUGGUUGGAGCGAUCAAACAGGGGCCAGUUCCACAACAUAUCGCAUUCAUAAUGGAUGGGAAUCGGAGAUUUGCCCGAUCUCACGGUAUCGAAACCGUGGAGGGCCAUAAUCUGGGAUUUGAGGCGCUGGCACGGAUCCUUGAGGUGUGCUACAGGAGCGGAGUACAAGUCGUCACGAUCUACGCGUUCAGUAUUGAGAAUUUCAAACGGUCCAAGUUUGAGGUGGAUGCUUUGAUGGAGAUGGCAAGGGUCAAAUUGUCGCAGAUGGCCCAACAUGGAGAGAUCUUGGAUCGGUAUGGAGCGAAAGUACGGAUACUAGGUCGAUUGGACUUGCUCCGCCCCGACGUGCUUGCCGCGGUUAACCGCGCAGUCGACAUGACGAAGAAUAAUGGUGACCGUGUUCUGAACAUUUGCUUUCCUUAUACGUCGCGCGACGAGAUCACUGGCGCCAUCCGCGAAACGGUAGCCGAGUACAGCAAGCCUAUCCGAACGGCUCACUCGUCGUCCACAAUUCCGCGCACACCGUUCUCUGAAGACCAUAUCACACAGAACAUUCGGUCCCAAACAUUGAAUGGGAAGUUGGAAAACUUGAGUAAUGAAUCCGAUUCUGUAUCAGAAUCAUCCACACUUGGUGAAGAUGAUGCGCAAAAACCAAACGACAAGAACAAGGUCUACCAGUCUGAAUCCGCUCUCUCAUCUGGCGCCACUCUCCUCUUACCCGACCAGCUUACGAAAGGUCGGACGACGAAUUCUUCUGAUUCCGAGCCCCCAGUUUUCAAAUCGCCAGAAACCAUUACACGACAAACCUUGGCAGAUCAUAUGCUCACCCGCGACAACCCUCCCCUCGAUCUGCUGAUCCGCACGUCAGGGGUGGAACGUCUCAGCGACUUCAUGCUGUGGCAAUGUCAUGAAAACACGGAGAUUGCCUUCUUGGAUAUCCUAUGGCCCGAGUUCGACCUAUGGCAUUUCUUGCCAGUGUUAUUGAGGUGGCAGCGGAUGGUCUCCAAAGCCAGACAAAACCCAGAUGCCGAGGGUAACUUUGACGGCGAUUUCCAGGAAUCCUCGGACGACAGCAAGGAAGACCUAGUGGUUAGUUCCGGCGCCAAGGCGAAAAUCUUAUAGUUUGUUUCUUGAUAAAGUCAUACUUAUAGUAUAGCAGGGGUAUAGGGCCGGAAGACUUGGAGGUACGGCUUUUGUUUCAUUCACCGGGGCAGCUUGGUCCCAUUAGCACCGUUGAUAUUCAGAUAGAGCUCCUGUUGAUCGUGUAAAUGACCCACUCAACCACCGCGGCGAGCGCGCGGUUUUCCAUAGCAAUGACAAAUG